AUGGUGGAAAUUGAGAGCGCUCGUAGGGCUGACAUUUGUGCCAAGAUUUUCCUGAAAAUGUUGGAGAAGUAUCGGUGCUAUCGCAAUAAGUGCCGUGAGAUACACGAGCAAUUGAAGGCGAACCCUGGUGCUCGAUCCCUCGGCGAGGAAUUGGAGAAGAGUUCGUGCAAGGAAGAAGAGCUUGAGUUAGGCAAAGGGGUUGCUGCAGAGUGUGAAUAUCUUCAGGGGAAGCUGAGGUCGAUGCAGUCUGAGAUGGAUCAGAAUCUUAUCAGUGUUGAGGCGAUGAGCGCGGAGUGGAUGGGAAAAUUGGCCGAGUUGGAGAGAAAGGUUGCCGUGUUGGAGAACAUCGAGAGUUCCUGGUCAUCGGCUUCGGCAAGGGUGGCGGCCCUGGAGAACACUAUCUGUGUCCUCCAAUCCGAGCAGGAAUCGGAGAGGGCGACGGCCACGCUUAGGGAGGUGAGGCUCGAGGAACGCAUUGGAGAUAUUGACCAAGAGGCAUCGACCUUAUGGUACCGGAUUGCUGCACUUGAGGCCGAAAAGGAGCAACUGUUGGCUCAAGUCGAAUCUUCCUCCACUGCUGUUCUCCGUCAUUUGCAUGAGCUUUGGGUUCAUGUUGAAUCCCAACGUGACAUAUACAAGAGUUUGUGGGAGGCGGGCAAUGUUACUGAGGCCGCAUAUGAAGUAGAAAGGGCGAGGGAACGAGAGACUCGUGUUAACUCUGGAUAUGACUUUGCAACGCCAGAAGCUGAUAAGGGCGCGAACGAUGAUGAAGGAUUCCCUGGAGAUGGUGGUGAUGGUACCGAGUGA